AUGCCCCUAACAUUCAACCACCCCACCGCCCUCCUCCUAAUCGACAACCAAAACGGUUUCACCCACCCAACGCACUGGGGCCCGUCACGCUCGAACCCCAACUACGAGACAAACAUCCAAUCCCUCCUGACCACCUUCCGCAACACCCUCACAUGUCCCACUGGAUCUCCCACUCAUCAUGAAAUAAUCCACAUCUUCCACUCCUCGACAACCCCCACCUCGCCCCUCCAUCCAAUCUACAUCACUCCCACCGGAGAAAAAGGCAUCGACCCUCUCCCUAUCUGCAUGCCACUCCCAACCGAGAAACAGAUCUGGAAACAUGUCAACUCGUCAUUCAUCGGCACGGAACUGGAAGAAUAUCUCCGCGAGAAGGGAAUCAGACAAUUGAUUGUGGCUGGGUUGACUACGGAUCAUUGUGUGUCGACGACGGUGCGGAUGGCGGCUAAUUUGGGGGUUGUGGAUCGACCAGUUAGAACUGGGGGUGAGGAGGUGGAUAAAGGACGGAUUGUUCUUGUUAGCGAUGCGACUGCUACGUUUGCCAAAGGAGGGUGGGAUGCUGAGACGGUGCAUCAGGUGUCGGUUGCGAGUUUGGAUGGCGAGUUUGCCGAGGUGGUUGGGGUGGGGGAGGUGGUGGGAGCAUUGGAUCAUUAUUCUGCUUCGAGCUAG